UCGUGCAAGCAUAAUCUGGACGUUCGUUUUGCCUCCAAGAAUGGUGAAAAAAGUCGCUACUACGCGCUCUUCAUCAGCGUUCACCAUCGUGGCUUCACUAGCGAUGCUGCUUUUGUGUUUUGGAGAAUUUGUGCGYAUUGAGRUCGUCUUAAAAAGGCAAACGAAUCGGCUUGAUGAAUUUGAGAAGUUAACAACCUCAACACAACGUGACAGGAAUUACGCAAGUAUUGACGACAAGGAUUCUUCUAAAUAUAAACAAGAAUUUGUGAAUAUGAAGUUAAUGCUAUAUGCUCAAACCUCAAGUAUAAAGAAAUUAGAAAGAGAGGUUAUUUACUUAAAGAGGAACUCGAAACAUGUUGACAAUUUCUCAGCAAACAAACCGAAGGAUGAACGAGAAACUGACCCGGAAGUGACUCACAAAAUAUCGAAACGAAACAUUCGAGCUGAUAAUUUACCAAUAUUGAACACCACAAAACAGUCGCUUAAAGAACAACUCACAAAAACCAUUCAUCAAGAGGUUGGUAAAGCCGUGUCAAAGCUACAAUCUGCGAGAUACUGGAUUCCUAUUCCAGGCCCUCCCGGUCCACAAGGGGAGAAAGGACAGAAAGGUGAUGUAGGGACAAAAGGACCACGUGGACCAAGAGGAAAGCUUGGAAGAAGAGGAAAACGAGGACCGCGAGGUUUGGCAGGUGACAUGGGAGAUUUUGGACUUCCUGGAAUUCCUGGUCCCCGAGGCAUGCCGGGACUGAAGGGGGAUCCUGGUCCUUCCCUAGCACCGCCAUCAGUAAUCAUUUCGCCCUCGCAUUUGGUUGUCAAUGAAAGUCAAACGGCCAUUUUGCAUUGUUCUGCUAUCGGUUAUCCACGACCUGCUGUAGUUUGGAGUAAAGAAAACGGUUCACUACCGAAAGGAAGAUUUUCAGUUGACAGCAAAGGGAAACUUGAACUGAAGCAAGUCACUUCAUCUGAUACAGGAACAUAUGUAUGCAAAGCUUUUAACAUUCUUGGUAACAAACACAGCAAAUCGACAAUUGAAGUGAACUCUCGACCUCGAGUGACCUUGAUCAGUGGACCAGUAUAUGAAAAGAUAGGUACGGACAUUGUUAUGCCAAAAUGUCACGUGACAGGACAUCCAAAACCAAAGAUCACGUUGUCAAAGUCUACUGGUUCGUUGAAUAUCAGCCGAAGCGUCAUUACAGAUGGACAGAUGACACUCUUUAGAGCAAACAAAGAAGAUUCUGGGACAUAUUUGUGUAAAGCUGAAAAUCUUCUUGGCUCAGCUACAAAAGGAACGUUUCUUAUUGUUGUCGAGCUGCCAAGAUUUACUAUAAAACCACCUACAUCACUUGUCACCCUUCCUGGAAAAACUGUUCGUCUCAAUUGUAAAGCUACAGGAGAGCCUAAACCAGUCAUAACAUGGAGAAGAGAAAAUGGCGUUCUUCCUAUUGGCAGGCAUGAAGUAAGAGAUGGUUCUUUGAUCCUCAUAGAUUUUACGACAACAGAUUUUGGUGCAUAUAUUUGUACUGCAACAAGUGCUGGUGUUUUUAGCAAAGAAUCAAGA